AUGUUAAUAUCGAGUAGAACGUGUCCGUUUACAGUGUUCGACAUCUGGAAGGGCGAAGCCCCGGAGGGGGUGAGGCUUCAGAAUCACUCCGUCUACGAUGACUACGACGUGCUGGAGGAGAUUGGAACGUGAGUGAUGUUUGAAAAGGGGGAGAAUUGAUUUUAAAAAAGGUAGAUUAGGUAGUUCAGCGAUGGAUGACAUUUUAAAUUGAUACAUGGUAUUGUUUUGGCAAUUUUUUUAGGGCGGGGUAGUUUUUUUGAAAAAAAAUGAAUUGGCUGUGGAGUUCAAAAAUUUUAUUAAAUUUUGAAUUUAGUAUAAAUUAAGCUUCCUUUUAGCGGCGCCUUUGGUGUUGUACAUAGAUGCGUGGAGAAAGCGACCGGUCGCACGUUUGCGGCCAAGUUUGUGCGCACGGUGAACGAGAAUGAGCGAAGCACGGUGAGGAAAGAGAUCGAGACGAUGUCCGAGUUGAGACAUCCAUCUCUGAUCAAUCUACAUGCUGCUUAUCAGGACGAGCAUGAUACUGUCAUGAUUUACGAGUUGUAGGUUUACUGGCUUUAAAAUUUUUUGAAAUUUUAAAAUUUUUUUUUGAUUUUUUUAAAUUUUUUGAAAUUUAAAUUUUUUUUUGCUUUUUUGAAAUUUAAAAAAAAAUUUAUUAACAAUAAAUUGUUCAAAUAAUACUGUGCUCUUAUCAAAGCAACUUUUUGGAGGGGGAACAGAAUUUUUUGAACAAUUACAAAAUUUUGAAAAUUCUAACUUAAACCUUUCUGAUGGAUAACAUGCCACCUUACCAUUUCAGUCUAUCCGGCGGAGAACUGUUCGAAAAGGUCUGUGACGAAAAGAAUCGCACUACAGAAGCCGAAGCCAUUGAUUAUAUAAAACAGAUCUGUGUAGCGCUAGAGCACAUGCACAACAUGCAUUAUGUGCAUUUGGAUCUGAAACCGGAAAAUAUUAUGUUUGUGACACGACAAAGCAAUGUUCUCAAGUUGAUCGACUUCGGAUUGACCAGUCGAUUACAUCCUGACAAACCGGUCAAAGUCACUACGGGUAAGGGUAUAUGUGUUUAGUAACAGUGGUACUAUACGGGUAAGGAUACUCUACUAUCAGGGGUAUUAUGGGAUAUUCUAUCUAUGUUGAAGAUACUGCACGGUAUUCUUCCUAUAUUGAUGAUAAUGCAGGGUAUUCUUCUUCUCUUGAAGAUACUGUAGAGUAUUUUCUCUUAAAAUUACAGUAUCCUCUUCUAGGUACGGCCGAAUUCGCAGCUCCAGAAAUCUGUAUAGGAAAGCCGGUCAGCUUUACAACUGACAUGUGGAGUGUCGGAGUACUAACCUACAUCCUCCUAAGCGGCCUAUCACCCUUUUGUGGUGCCAACGACCAAGAAACGUUGAGGAACGUCAAGAACGGUGACUGGGAUAUGCAAGAUCCGGUCUUUGACUACGUCUCUUCUGAAGCCAAAGACUUCAUCUCGAGGCUUCUGAUCAUGAAUCCGAAUGACAGACUGAGUGUGCACGAUGCUCUACAGCAUCCUUGGCUUCAGAAGACUGGUACGGCGAAUGGUGACAUUAAAGUGCCGAGUGAGAGGAGACGUACUAUUCAGAACACGGUCAAUAAUCGAUAUGUAAGUUGGGUUUUGGGGGGUUUUGAAGGUAUAGGCUAUGUUUUGAUAAGGCAUAAAUUAUUUAUUAGGUUGUUCAAAUAAUUCUGUGCUCUCAACUUUGACAAUUUGCUUCUUUGACAAUUUGCUUUGAGUGGGGCUCAGCAUUAUUUGAACAACCUAAUAUUACAAGUUCAAGUUCAUAGUAAGUACUUUAUACUACUAUGUUGUAUAAAAACUAAUGAGCUAAUGAACUCUUAUACUAGCUAUAAUACAUAGCUCUUUUUUUACACUGUUUAAUGUAAAGCGUAUAUUGUACGUAUGAGCCAUCGGCCAACUCUUUGACUUCCUCACAUCUACAUUAACCAUCCACACACAAUACUCCUUAAAGACCCUCGUUAACAUUGUUUACCAUUACAGGACGCGUAUCCGGACCCCAACCCUUCAAUCGGCCGCGUCGCCAACUUCAGCUCAUUAAAAGCAAAUCGGCCGCAGGAGUUCAAGAUCCUGGACACGGCUUUUGAAACCGAAAAAGCACCGCCCCGCUUCAUUCUCACACCGUACAGUGCUACGCUCACCGAAGGCGACACCACAACGUUCUACGCGAGAGUAUGGUCAGAUACGAUACCUAUUGUCAACUGGUACAAGGGUACGGUAGAGUUGGAGCAGAGUGCACGAUUCAUGAAGAGAUAUAAUGGCAAUGAGUAUGCUUUGACAGUGACCAAUGUUAAGGUAGAGGAUCGUGGGGAUUACAAGGUCAAGGCUCACAACAACUUUGGGUCCGUGGAGAGCGGGUUCCAUAUUACUGUACAUGCUUCUUUGAGUAAGUGAUUGGUGUUUUAUAUUGAUCUUUAGUAAAAAUUAAUAUGAGUCUGACUAGAAUGUUUACUUUAUGUUAGACCACCUCAAUUUGACGUUAAAGUACCUCAACCUUCAUUACCUCAUCUAACUUAUUGUCUUUCAGGCUCUCGACCUCCGCUCUUCCCCGAAUCAUCUUCACGCCGCCGCCAACCGGCGCCAGAAGUGGCGGAAUUCAAGGAGAAGCCGGCCUCUCCAUUCUUCACAUUCCCCCUGAGGCCACGCCUGAUCCAGAAGAAUCACGGCUGCAAACUCAUAUGUACAGUAACCGGCACGCCCAUGCCCAAAGUCGAGUGGACAAAGGACGGCAGAUCCCUGAACUUUGACCGAGUUCAGGUCACGUUCAAGAGUGGAGUGUGCACGCUGGAGAUCUUCAACGCCAAGCCAGAGGACGCCGGUGCCUACGAGUGCCGUGCCGUGAACGAUCACGGCGAAGAGGUUACUGUAUGCGAGUUGACGGUACAAGCACGGAACGCUGGCUUAUCGGCACAAGGGUCGAAGCUGAUCGUGCCGAGUUUGGAGGUAGAACGAUCGCGGUCGUCCACGGAUCUUGCCAGGAAAUACAGAAUCACACCGUCGUUAUCGACCAGUCGAGUAAACAUGCUCAACAUUUACAGUGGACCCAAGAGGACCUAA